UGCGCGCCUCCCCACCGCCCUCUCGGCUGCCGCGCUCGCUCCGCGCUCCGCCACCCGCGCGUCCGCUGGCCCCGCAACUUCACCCGGAGUGGCGGCAGCUGGUGCGACGCCAGAGCGCUGGGACCACGACUGUCACCCUCGGCCCUUUCCUUGUUGGCUGGGAGGAACGAGCACCGGCUGUCCGCGGAUCCCGAGGUGCACGGCAGCGAGGGGCGGUGCGUGGGUGCCGAGGUGGUACAUGCCACCCGGUACUAAGCGUCUCCGGGCACUAGGAGCGUUCUCGGCAGGACUGCCAACCAGACUCCCAGAAACCAUGCUGGUGGGAUCCCAGUCCUUCUCUCCUGGUGGGCCCAAUGGCAUCAUCCGGAGCCAGUCCUUCGCAGGUUUUAGUGGGCUGCAGGAAAGGCGAUCCAGGUGUAACUCCUUCAUUGAAAAUGCCUCUGCUGUCAAGAAGCCUCAGGCCAAGCUGAAGAAAAUGCACAAUCUAGGACACAAAAAUAACAACACUCCGAAAGAGCCUCAGCCCAGGAGGGUGGAGGAGGUCUACCGUGCCUUGAAAAACGGCCUUGAUGAGUACCUGGAGUUCCACCAGACGGAGCUGGACAAGUUGACCGCUCAGUUAAAAGAUAUGAAGAGAAACUCUCGCCUGGGUGUGCUCUAUGACCUAGACAAGCAAAUUAAAACGAUUGAGAGAUACACGCGACGCCUGGAGUUUCACAUUAGUAAGGUAGAUGAGCUCUAUGAAGCCUAUUGUAUCCAACGGCGGCUCCAAGAUGGUGCCAGCAAAAUGAAGCAAGCCUUUGCUACGUCCCCUGCCAGCAAGGCUGCCCGGGAGAGUCUGUCUGAGAUCAACCGCAGCUACAAGGAGUACACAGAGAACAUGUGCACCAUUGAAGCAGAGUUGGAGAGUCUGCUGGGUGAAUUCUCCAUCAAGAUGAAAGGUCUAGCCGGUUUUGCCCGCCUCUGUCCUGGAGAUCAAUAUGAAAUUUUCAUGAAGUAUGGCCGGCAGCGGUGGAAACUGAAGGGCAAAAUCGAAGUGAACGGCAAACAGAGCUGGGAUGGCGAGGAGACCGUCUUCCUGCCCCUCAUCGUGGGGCUCAUCUCCAUCAAGGUCACAGAACUCAAAGGACUGGCAACUCACAUCCUAGUAGGCAGUGUGACCUGUGAGACCAAAGAGCUGUUUGCAGCCCGACCCCAGGUGGUAGCUGUUGAUAUCAAUGACCUUGGUACCAUCAAGCUGAACCUGGAAAUCACCUGGUAUCCUUUUGACGUGGAGGACACAACCCCGUCUUCAGGCCCUGGGAACAAGACAGCUGCUCUCCAGCGGAGGAUGUCCAUGUACAGCCAGGGCACCCCAGAAACACCUACCUUCAAAGACCAGUCCUUCUUUUCAAAUCUGCCAGAUGACAUCUUUGAGAGUGGAAAGGCUGCAGAGGAGAAAAGGCCUCUGUCCCUCAGCUUCAGCGACCUGCAGGAUGGAGACUGUGUCUUCACCUCCAGCUCGGCCACCUCUCCCUCCAGUUCACACUCGGCCCAUCCAGAGAUUACCAUCACCCCUGCCGAGCUUACCCACAGCAGCCUGUCCUCACAGAACGAGGGCACCGAGGACAGCAGCUCGGCAUCUUCCAGGAAUUCCUUGGGCGAGGACCAUGAGCGGAAGUCUCACCGGAAGAGUGACAUGGCAGAGCCCAGGACGCCCGGUGUGGCGGCAAGGUCUGGAACCGAAAGCCUGUUUCUGGAGAACAGCGUUGCGGAGACUCUCCUGCAGGAGUCGGACGAGGCCUCUGAGCUCAAGCCCGUGGAGCUGGACACUUUUGAAGGAAACAUCACAAAGCAGCUAGUGAAGAGGCUCACCUCAGCGGAGGGGCCCAUCACUACCGACAAGCUCUUCUUCGAAGGCUCUGUUGGCAGCGAAUCUGAGGCUGGCCGGUCCUUUCUCGAUGGCAGCCUGGAAGAGGCCUUCAGUGGACUCUUCCUUGCAUUAGAUCCACACAAGGAGCAGUACAAAGAGUUCCGGGAUCUGAACCAAGAAGUUACACGCUUGGAUGAUGUUCUCAAAUGCAAGCCGGCUGGCAGCCACAGCAGGUCUUCCAGCCUAAGUCUGACGGUUGAGAGUGCUUUAGAAAGCUUUGAUUUCCUCAACACCUCUGACUUUGACGAAGAAGAAGAGGACGGUGAUGACGUCUGCCACGUUGGAGGAGGAGCGGACUCCGUGUUUUCAGACACUGAGACUGAGAAGAGUGGUUACAGGUCAGUUCACCCGGAAGCCAGGGGCCACCUUAGCGAGGCCCUGACAGAAGACACGGGCGUAGGGACCAGUGUGGCAGGAAGCCCGCUUCCACUCACCACGGGAAAUGAGAGCCUGGACAUCACCAUAGUGAAACAUCUGCAAUACUGCACCCAGCUCGUUCAGCAAAUCGUCUUCUGUAGCAAAACCCCCUUUGUGGCAAGGAGUCUCUUGGAGAAGCUGUCGAGGCAGGUCCUUGUGGUGCAGAAGCUGGCAGCAGUGAGUGACGAGAACCUCGGGAACAUCACCUCCGUGGUGGAAGCCAUACCAGAAUUCCACAAAAAGUUGUCCCUGCUGUCCUUCUGGACCAAGUGCUGCAGCCCCACGGGGGUCUACCACAGCUCCGCCGCCUGCCUGAUCAAACAGCUGGAGGCCAGCUUCGCCGGAAACAUCAACAAAGACUAUCCAGGACUGGCAGAGCCAGUGUUUAGAACCCUGGUGUCCCAAAUCCUGGACGGAGCUGAACCUCUCCUUUCCUCCAGCCUCUCGUCGGAAGUCAUCACUGUCUUCCAGUAUUACAGUUUCUUCACCAGCCACGGUGUGAGUGACCUGGAGACUUACCUGGGCCAGCUAGCCAGGCAAGUUGCCAUGGUUCAGACGCUGCAGUCACUGAGGGAAGAGAAACUGCUGCAGACCAUGAGCGACCUCGCACCCAGCCACCUCCCCGCGCAACAGGAAGUCCUCCGGACGCUGGCUCUGCUGCUCACCAGGGAUGACAGUGAGGUCAGCGAGGCUGCGACACUCUACUUGGCAGCAGCCUCCAAAAAUGAGCACUUCAGAGAAAAGGCCUUGCUCUAUUAUUGCGAAGCACUAACGAAGACCAAUCUCCAGCUACAGAAGGCAGCGUGCCUGGCCCUGAAGAGCCUGGAGGCCACUGAAAGCAUUAAAAUGCUAGUGACAUUGUGUCAGUCUGACACUGAAGAAAUCAGAACCGUGGCCUCGGAAACCCUCCUGUCUCUUGGAGAAGACGGGCGACUGGCGUAUGAACAACUAGACAAAUUCCCUCGAGAUUGCGUUAAAGUGGGAGGUCGUCAUGGGACGGAAGUUGCCACAGCCUUUUAAAGUUCAUGUCAGCGCUGCCUGUUAUCCCGCUGGCACCUGGCCCUUGUCCUCAAGAGGGUGCUGUGAUGUGGCCAGGCAGCAGAGAGCUGCUGCUGCUGCCAGUGUGGAGAUCUCAACGCCCAAUGGCACUGUACUGUCUACUUUUCCCUAGCCCACAGGACGGGCUGUGUAUAAUGCACUGGACUGCAUCGUAGUUGUGACUGACAGCACUUCAAAGUCCAUCUUACCUUACUGUAGAAUUUGAAUAUAGCCAUCUUCAUGCCUGUGUGGAAGGAAGUUCAUCUGCAAGUUUGAACUCUUCACGUGCUAUUUGGAUACGUAUUGUAUGCCUUGCCCUCUCUCUGCUGUGUUCUCAGGGUUGAGCUGCCCCUUGGUUACCGAAUUUUAUUUAAAAGACAAAGCACAAAAAGAAUGUACUGCAAAUAGGAGCUUUCUUACAGAGCCUGGAAAAAUGAUGUGGCCCCCUUGGCAGAGGGCUUGAGUAGUGUGCACGAAGCUUGGGUUCAUCGCCAGCACCGUGUAAGCUGGGUGUGCUGCCUCUGUAAAACUCAGUGCUCAGAAACAGAAGGAAGCAGGAUCAGCAGUUCAAGGUCAUCUUCAGGCACCUAAGGAGUUCGCAGGGCAACCUGGGAUACAUGAAGCUAUGGGGGAAGGGGGUAACUUAAGGUUUGUUUUUUUUUAAUAGUUCCUACCAUUUGUUUCUAUUUCCAUCCUGAGAAUUUCUGAAUCAUCUAUCCAUGUGCUUUAAGAGAUAAACGGAAGAAUACUGCUUCAUUAAGACUGUACCUAUACUAUUAGAAGCAAACAAAACCUCAAAGUUUAAGCUUUUGUUCUUUAACCAGAGCCAUCCUUAUCACACUCUUGGUUUUUUUGUUGUUGUUGUUUGGUUUUUGUUUUGUCUUGAAACAGACUCUCCCUAUUAGAGUCCUGAACUCAAUAUACAGACCAGUCUGACCUUGAACUUGCAAGAGUUCUCCAGCCCCUGCCUGGAGCUGGGGGUAUAUGUAGUCACAAGCCACUAUGCCUGGUUCUACAUAUGUAAUUUUUUUUUUUUUUGCUAAGACAAAUACAUACCCCAAAGUUGUAAAUUCAGAAAAAUAUAUUUCUCUUUCAAGUGGGGACCUGGACUUCGGAUGAAUCCUAACUGGAUAGAAUAUUGGGGUACUGAAACUGGUUCCUGCUUCUAUAAAAUUGGCCAUGAGGCUAGGAAGCAGGGGGCCCCCAAGAGCUAGAAACAGCCCCGUAGUUUCCACAGCAGCUCAGUACCAGGGUAAAGAUUCAGUCUCUUACAACGUGCGCAAGGGGUGGGUAUGCCAAGAUAUCACAAACAAUACGUGUACGUGCAAUUUGAACUGUAUUCUGGAUGUGUUUGUAUAAAAUAUCAAUUAGAUAUUAGUUUCAAUAUUUACAUUUUAGUAAGACUUUUAAAAAAGUUCCUUUCAUUUUAAAGUGAAAAUUGUUUGCCAGGCUUCUGGCAAUACAUCCUUUCAACUGUGAAGUUCCACUGUACAUUUGUAUAUUUGUAAAUGUUAUUAUAUAUAUGCAUAUAUCCCUCAUUGUAAAGGUAUGUUGUACAGUUAUAGUAUGUAUAGGCACUAGUCUUUGUUAAAUGGUUGAAAUGUCUCUUUUGUAGGAAGUGAAAUCACAGCUAUUACAGGGCUUUUUGUUUGAUUUAUUUGUGGGUUUGAAACAUUUUUGAAUAUUGCAUGGAUAAUUCAUUUCACAUCUUUUGUAUUCCCCUCUGUGUUUGGAUUUUGGUUGGGAAGUGCUUUUAGGUUUGUGGCUAUUUGUAUUCAUCCCUCUUUCAAUCAUGUAAGUCAAAAUAAAAAAUUAUUUUUAAUUACUA